UGGUUUUUUUUUUUAUUUUCUUCGCGAUUCAAUAAAAAUUAAAAUUAAUCGUUUUUUGUUACAUAUAAUAAAAAUGUGUAAAAAAAAUGUUUCUUUAAGGGAAAUUUUUUUCUGAAUAAAAUAAAAAUAGUGUUUUGUGAAAAAAAAUGAAGUUUCAAUGUGCGAUAAGUGCUUUUUUUAAAAAAAAAUGUGCCAUAAAGGGAAAAAUAUUUUGAAAUAUAGAAAAGAAAAAAAAAGUGUUGAAAAACUUGUGUAUAGAAAUUAACGGGAAAAGUUUUACCGAUAUAUAUUAUAUAUAUAUAUAUUCAAGAAAUUAUGGAUAUCAGCGAAUUUUACAGUGAAGAAAUUUCAAAACUCUUGAUAAAUGUGAAAGUGGAUCGCGGUGUAUCGAGUCAAAACCGCUUUUGCUUAAUCAGAAUUUAUGCUGAUUGGCUGUGGACGCGUUGUUCCGAGAAUAUGUUUUGGACCCACAUAAGUACACCUACGGGAAUUUUAAAGCAGAACGGAUGUACUUGCGGGAAAGUUUACAAUACUUGCUUACAAAACAUUUGAGACCACAAAGCAAGAUAUAAGCGAUUCAAGUUAGUAGUGACCAAAAUAUAAAAAUUUUCCUUUUCAAAGAAAAAAAAAAAAAAAAAAAUGAAGAAAAAACAGAAAAAUUGAGAAACAAAAUUAAUCGUUAAUUAUAAAAAGGUAAUUAGAAAAAUAAAAAAAUAAUAACUAAAUUAAAAAAAGUACAUCAGAAAUAAAAAAAAAAUGUUAUAAUUCGGUAAUGAAGAAUUAAGGAAAUAAAUGAAUAGAAAAAAAGAUAGCUGACAAUAAAAAAAAGUAAGAGGGAAAAGUAUAUAUAUAUAUCAGUUGGACAAUGACAAUCGGGAAUAAGGAAAUAAAAAAAAAUAAAAACUAUAAUCGUAUAAGUAGGGGAAUAAAUAAAUAAUAAAAAAUGACAGUAAAAUGAAAGAUUAACCAACAGUAAAGGAGAAUAAAAAAAUAUUUAAACGAAAAAUUAAAAGUGGAAAAACAAUUCGAUAAAUAAAAGAAUAGCAAAAUAUUAAUUCAAUUUGACGGUAAAAUAUAUACUUCUGUUUAAAAUGAUAAGUACAAAACAAAAAAUUGAAGAAGGAACAAAAAUGAUAUCUAAAAGUAGAGAUGGAAAAUAAUUGAAAAGUAAAAAAUUUUCUAUUAAAAAAUAAGAACGAAAAAAAAAUAAUAAAAAAAACGCGAAAAGAAUUUUUAAAGUUAAACAAUAAUUUAAUUAAUAAAUUCAAAAAUUAUAAUAAUUAUUAUUAUAAAUAAAUAUUACAAGUAUAUUAAAACAAAAUAAUCGAAAAAUAAACCAGGGAAAAAUAUAAAAAUUAUAAAUUUAUUAAUUGAAAACAAAGAAAAAAAUGAAAAUAAAUCGAAGGAAAAUAUAAACGAAAAUUUCUAAUAAUAUUAGAAGAGAAUCAAGAAGACGAAAGAAGGUAAAAUUAAAAAUAAAGAAGAACCCAAAAAAGAAGAAGAAAAUAGGAAAAAAUUUAUUCCAUUGUUGAAUGAAAUCGAAAUAUUUGAUUGACGGAAAUAAGAAUGCGCAUCUACUGAAUAUAAUCGUGAAAUAUGAUUUACGAUUGGAAAAUGAAAAAUGACUACUGUAUAAUAAAAAGGUGAUUUGGCAACGCAAAAAAAAAGAAAAGGUUCCGCACAAGUGUAGAAGAAAUAUUAUAGUAGAUAAUGAAUAGCGUUAGUUUGGUUAACUUGCAUAAUUGUACUGCACUGGUACUAGAUCAGAACAUUACUCUAUUGAUGGGAUUAAACCGCAGUGAGCUUUUGCAGGUCCUCAAGGAAGCUUUAGAUAGAUCGUUACAACGUGAGGUACUUCGCGAUGCUCUUUCAGAUUGUCUUCAAACAAAUCAACAACGACCCUUUGACCUACCAUGGUGGCAGAAACUCGUCUGGUCUCUUGUCUAUGCAAUAAUUCUAAUGGUGGCUACUGGUGGCAAUAUUAUUGUCAUGUGGAUUGUUCUUGCACACAGACGCAUGCGAACAGUGACAAAUUAUUUUCUUGUAAAUUUGUCAGUAGCAGAUUUAAUGAUGUCAGUUCUCAACUGCGUUUUUAAUUUUAUCUUCAUGUUGAAUUCCGAUUGGCCUUUUGGAAGUGUCUACUGCACCAUCAGCAAUUUUGUUGCAAACGUGACAGUGGCUUCCAGUGUCUUCACACUUGUUGUAACAUCGUUCGAUAGAUAUAUGGCGAUUAUGCGACCUCUUAAACAUCACAUGUCUCGCAAGAGGACAAUAUUGGCUUUGUUCUCAAUCUGGUUCGCCUCAGCCAUGUUAGCGAUACCUUGCCUUCUAUAUUCGACUACAAAUUCUCGAAGAUACAAUAAUGGAAAUACAAGAAUUGUUUGUUAUAUGCAAUGGCCCGAUGGAAGUUAUCCAAACAGUAAAACCGAAUACAUAUACAAUUUAGUAUUUCUCGGAGUAACAUACCUUAUCCCUAUGUUGGUAAUGGCUGUAUGUUACACUUUGAUGGGCCGUAAAUUGUGGGGCUCAAAAUCGAUAGGAGAGCAUACGCAAUAUCAAAAAGAAUCGAUGAAGUCAAAAAGAAAGGUUGUUAAAAUGUUUAUCAUUGUUGUGACGAUAUUUGCUGUAUGCUGGCUACCCUAUCAUGGAUUUUUUAUUUUCGCAUAUCAUCAUCGUCGAUUCGCAGAGACGAGCUACGCUCAACACGUUUUUUUAAGCUUUUACUGGCUCGCCAUGUCUAAUGCGAUGGUGAAUCCUAUAAUAUAUUAUUGGAUGAAUACAAGGUUUCGCCUAUAUUUCCAGCAAAUAAUUUGUAGAUGUUGCUGCGUGAUAGGUCGUUCAAACCUUCGAACUCGUCAAAUGCACGAGUUGGCAGGUUUUCAACGCUCUGGCAUUCUCCCAUCGCAUUCUGGUCAUAUGAGAUCUGUAUCUAUUCGAUGGCGACAUAGUAAUGCUGAAACUCACGUGCAAGCCUUAAAGACAAAUUCUCGAUCAAUUUGUGAAAAAAUUCAUUCUAGAGACGAUGUAGCCAUCAUUUAAUCAAGAAAAAAAAACUGUUAUAUAUAUAUAUUGUUAUAAAUGUAUUUACAGUGUAAGUACGAUGUAAUUUUUAAAUAUUACGAAUGUGUAAAUAAUUAUAUAUAUAUAUUUAAUUUCAUUAAUUUUGAAACUGUCCACUUGGAUCAAAAUAUAAAAAGAAUUUUUUUUUUAUUUUUCUUGAAAAAAAAAAUUAAAUAUAUAAAUAUCUAAUUGUCUUUAUUUUCUUUUAAUAUUUAAAAAACAGUCAAUUAAAGUCAAAUGAUAAAUAAAUCAAUAAAUAGAAAUAUAUAUAAAAAAAGAGAUUAAUAUUGAAUAAAUAAAAGUGAUAUAUUGCAGUAUUAUAUAGAAUAUAAUUUUGAUUCAAGUAUUCAGUCGCAAAUUAAAUGAAAAUGCUGUUUUAAAAUUUAAUAAAAAAAAAAUUAAUGAGUGCAUUACAUUAUUUCAACGAAGCUAUAAUGUGCGUCAAAAAAAGCGAGAGCAGUAAUUAUAUUAAUUGCUCAGUUAAAAAUUUAUUGUAUACAUAUAAAAAAAAAAUGGAAAUAAGACAUUGAAUUUUUUUUAUACUU